GACAGCCGGCAGGAGAGGUCAUCAUCUCCGUGUUCUCUGCAGGACCAGGGACAGACGGCCGUCCUCUGUCCCUACAUGGUAAACAGGCUGUCUGCGCUCUUUUAAAACACCAUGAACAGGCCGCUCGUGCCGCUGACCUUCUGGUAACAUUCCUGAAAAUGCUCAAUGCGUGUUGCACUGUGCUAGAAGAUGGCGGAGUCGGAUGGAGGGGAUUUUGCUUCGAAACAUCUUCAGAGCAGUAUGGCUAACAAGAAUAGCACCCUCCGCUGUACAUUCUCCGCCCCAAGCCACAGUACCACCCUCCUCCAGGGCUUGUCCGUCUUGCGUGCUCAAGGCCAACUACUUGACGUUGUGCUGGCCAUCAAUGAGGAGCGCUUCCAGGUCCACAAAGCUGUGCUGGCCGCCUGUAGUGAUUACUUCAGAGCAAUGUUUACCGGAGGCAUGAGGGAGUCAAAUCAAGAUACCAUUGAGCUGAAGGGUCUGUCUGCCCGUGGGCUGAAACAUAUCAUUGACUUUGCCUACAGUGCAGAAGUCACUUUAGACCUGGACUGUAUUCAGGACGUUCUGGGGGCUGCGGUGUUUCUCCAGAUGGUCCCAGUUGUGGAGCUCUGCGAGGAGUUCCUCAAGUCAGCGAUGAGCGUGGAGACCUGUCUCCACAUCGGCCAGAUGGCCACCACCUUCAGCCUGUCUUCCCUCAAAGAGUCGGUGGAUGCCUUCACCUUCCGCCACUUCCUCCAGAUUGCCGAGGAGGAAGACUUUCUGCACAUUCCCAUGGAGCGCCUUGUCUUCUUCCUGCAGAGCAACAAACUGAAGAACUGUAGCGAGAUCGACCUCUUCCACGCUGCCAUCAGGUGGCUCCAGUAUGACGAGUGUCGCCGGGCUCAAGCCAGUAGCGUCCUUUGCCAUGUGCGCUUCCCGCUAAUGCGCUCCUCUGAGCUGGUGGACAGCGUUCAGACCGUGGACAUCAUGGUGGAGGACGUGCUGUGCCGCCAGUAUCUCCUCGAGGCCUUCAAUUACCAGAUUCUUCCUUUCCGACAGCACGAGAUGCAGUCUUCGCGGACCGUCAUACGCUCCGAUGUCUUGUCAGUCAUCACCUUUGGCGGGACGCCCUACACUGACAACGACCGCACAGUGAGCACCAAAGUGUAUCAUCUCCCUGACAUGGCGUCCCGCCAGUUCAAAGAGCUGACAGAGAUGGAGACGGGGUGCAGCCAUGCUUGUGUUGCCGUACUUGAUAACUUUGUGUAUGUCGUUGGUGGACAGCACUUACAAUACCGAAGCGGUGAAGGGGCAGUAGACAGCUGUUACCGCUACGACCCGCAUCUGAGCCAAUGGCUGCGCAUCCAACCUUUGCAGGAGGCUCGUAUCCAGUUUCAGCUCAACGUGCUACGUGGACAGCUGUACGCCACCGGAGGGCGCAAUCGAUCUGGCAGUCUGUCAUCUGUAGAGUGUUACUGCCCAAAAAAGAAUGAGUGGACAAAUGUGGAGCCAUUAAAACGCAGGAUUUGGGGACAUGCAGGGACACCCUGUGGAGGGAAGCUGUAUAUCUCAGGGGGUUAUGGCGUCUCAUUGGACGACAAGAAAACUCUUCACUGCUACGACCCUGCAUCGGACCAGUGGGACUUUAGAGCGCCCAUGAAUGAACCCAGAGUGUUGCACGCCAUGAUCAGCACCGGGGAUCGGGUUUAUGCUCUGGGCGGUCGCAUGGACCACGUGGACCGUUGUUUCGAUGUGCUUGCGGUUGAGUAUUAUGUUCCAGAGAACGACCAGUGGACCACCGUCAGCCCCAUGAGAGCAGGGCAGUCUGAGGCUGGCUGCUGUUUACUGGACAAGAAGAUCUACAUCGUCGGUGGCUACAACUGGCACCUGAACAAUGUCACAAGCAUUGUGCAGGUGUACAACACGGAGACUGAUGAGUGGGAGAGGGAUUUGCACUUCCCAGAAUCCUUUGCUGGCAUCGCUUGUACACCAAUUAUUCUUCCACAGAACACCACACAACGCUGAUCAUCUGACCUGUGACUGUGACAAUUUUAUUCCAUGUGCUCUUUCUGCCAACCACUGAGGCAGAACAAGGUGUGAACGUUAUAUAAGCUACUGGUGUGUGUGUGUAUGUAUGUGUGUGUGUGCGUGCGUGUUUUAAUUUAUUCAUUUGAGGUGAUAGCCUGAAAAGCUACUAAGCAGCAUUACUUGGAUUGGUGUAUUAUUUUCUGUCCUUGUCUUGUUUUGGUUGAAAUUUGUUUAAUCAACAGGCAAACCCUCAUUUAUGGAGCUUUUUUUUAAUUUAUUUGAAAUUUCUUUUAUGUGAAAACCCUUAAGGAGUCUCAUUUAUUUCAUGUUUUGAGACAGAUUCAUUUAAUGGAUGAAAGCUUUUGAAGGACAAUUUGGAUGCAGUCCAGAGGAACAUCCCAUAGCAAGUAAUUUCAUAUUGAAAAUAUCUAAUUGAUUGGUAAGCUCAAAAUAAACAAGGAAGAUAUACCUUCAGUUUAGCAGUCUAGGGCUGAAGUUACUGACAGCACAAAUUCUCAUUUUUGAAAGAAGGUCUUCAUUUGAAUUUUAUGUUGUUGUUGUUGUUUUGCAUUGAUAUUAACAGAUUCAACCUUUCUAAUAGACAUUCUGAUUGUACAGUUGUGAAUGUUUUAUUUUCUUCUUUUUACCUUCUAAUAUUUUGUUUGUUAUAAUUUAUUACUCAAUCACUAACUGAUGUUGACUGUUUUAAUGUCUCCUCAGAUAAACUAAUCAACAAACCACAAUGCACAGUAAUGAUCGCACAAAUGAACACAAGUCCUGUUUGUGUUUCAACUUGGAAUCACUUAUUCCAUGUGGAUGUUGUUUGUUUUGUUUUUAUUGCUACUGCCCUUGUGAUUCCUGAGCUGAGACCCCCACUGACACACUAAUUGUUCUCUCAGUCAACAUAACAAACCAGUGUGGACCUCUUAAGGCAGCUACAUAAAUCAUUCAUGUGUGUGUCAGUUGUAAUGUCAGUGUGUGCUGCUCUUACUGUCAAAUAAUGGCUACAUCUUGUGUCCCACACAUGCUUUUGUCUCCUAGAGUAACACAGUAAGGGGACACAGUUGAUAUUUAUUAAUGCACAUUUAAUAUCCGAACUAAUCUCAAAAUUCACCCUUAAGAAGUAAUUAAAGGGACAAAUUGUCCCCAAGUCAGAAAUGCAUAUUUUCCCUCUUACUUGUAGUGCUUUUAUCAGUUAGGGUUGUUUUGAUGGGAGUUUUUGAGUGUUGGAGAUGUCAUAGAGAUGUCUAACUUUUCCUGAAUGGAGCUAGAUGGCUCUCAGCUUGAUGUUCUCAAGGCGCCAAAUAAAUACAUUUGAAAAUCUUAACAGUAAUGUCUGUUUCUAGAAAUCAUGACCUGGUUACUCAUGAU